CUGGCUUCCUCAUGCCCCUGCAGGACGGUGUCCUAGAGGCCAUACUGCAGGACUGGGACCACAAGGCCGGAAGCCAUUGCUGGAGGGCUGGUCUCAGGUCGCCCUCCUAAGGUGGCCCGCAGCCUGUUUUCACACUUAACAAAGUCCAGCUAGGCCCUGCCUGGACUGACUGAGCUCAGAUGUAUUGGGGAGCAGUCUGGCUUUUGGGGUUCUGAUUUCCAGUCUUGGGGGGCCUGGAUUGUUCCCUCUGAGGGCUUGUGGACCUUCUGGAGUCAUAGAGAAGACAACACUGUGUGGUGCCAUGAAUCUCAGCAUCCAGUGUGAGCAGCUGAGUGAUGCCAGGUGGACCGAGCUCCUCCCCCUGAUCCAGCAGUACCAGGUGGUCAGGCUGGACGACUGUGGCCUUACUAUGGUGCGGUGCAAGGACAUCAGCUCUGCACUGAAGACCAAUUCCGCCUUGACAGAGCUUAGCCUGCGUACCAAUGAGCUGGGUGAUGCUGGUGUGCACCUCGUGCUGCAGGGCCUGCAGAGCUCCACCUGUAAGAUCCAGAAGCUGAGUCUCCAGAACUGCUGUCUGACGGAGGCUGGCUGUGAGGUCCUGCCUGGCAUGCUGAGCUCCCUGCUCACCCUGCGUGAGCUGGACCUUAAUUUCAACUCCCUGAAGGAUGCAGGGCUGCGGCUGCUCUGUGAAGGGCUCCUGGAUCCCCAGUGCCACCUUGAGAAGCUGCAGCUAGAGUACUGCAACCUCACAGCCGCCAGCUGUGAGCCCCUGGCCUCAGUGCUCAGGGCCAAAUCAGACUUCAAGGAGCUGGCGGUGAGCAACAAUGACCUGAAUGAGGAUGGUGUCCAUGUGCUAUGUCAGGGCCUAAAGGACUCUGCCUGCCAGCUGGAGAUUCUUAGGCUAGAGAACUGCGGCGCCACAUCGGCCAACUGCAAGGAUUUGUGUGACUUUGUGACUUCCAAGCCCUCGCUGCAGGAGUUGGAUCUGGGAGGCAACAAGCUGGGUAAUGCGGGUAUCACAGUGCUGUGUCCAGGGCUGCUGCACCCCAGCUGUGGGCUCAGGACCCUGUGGCUUUGGGAGUGUGACAUCACCACGGAGGGCUGCAGGGAGCUGUGCCGUGUCCUCAGGGCCAAGCAGAGUCUGAAGGCCCUCAGCCUGGCUGGCAACGAGCUGGAGGAUGAGGGUGCCCAGCUGCUGUGUGAGAGCCUGCUGGAACCUGGCUGCCAGCUGGAGUCACUGUGGGUGAAGACCUGCAGCUUCACGGCCGCCUGCUGCUCCCACUUCCGCUCAGUGUUGACCCAGAGCCAGUCUCUCCUGGAGUUGCAGAUGAGCAACAAUAAUCUGGGUGAUGCGGGUGUGCAGGAGCUCUGCCAGGGCCUGGGCCACCCGGGCUGUGUGCUGCGUGUGCUCUGCCUGGGGGACUGUGAACUGAGAAACAGUGGCUGUAGCAGCGUUGCUGCAGCCCUGCUGGCCAGCCGCAGCCUGCGGGAACUGGACCUCAGCAACAACCCUCUGGGAGACCCCGGAAUCCAGCAGCUGAUAGAAAGCCUCAGGCAGCCCGAUUGCCUCCUUGAGCAGCUGGUCCUGUAUGACAUUUACUGGACCCAGAAGAUGGAUGACCAGCUGCAGGCCCUGGAGGACGACAAGCCAUCCCUGAGAAUCAUCUCCUGAUUGGCCCCUGCACCCAUGCUCCUUCCUGUUCAUAGCCCUCAUCCACACUGGGGCAACCCGCCCCCUUGGGCUCUGGCUCCAGUGUCCUGGCUUUUGCCUGGAGAUAAAUGCUGUAAUCAACUUACUCCUGCAAGACAGUUUUAGAUACUUUAUAAUCAUUAAAGCACAUCGUUGGCAGCAGGA